CUUUGUUUACUGUCUGUCAACAAAACAUUUUUUUCGUUCCCACGGGCUAAUUUUCACCUUUGCACAGGUUAUAUGUUGAUUCGGGAAAGUGUCAGCCUUGUUAAUUAACAGAUAUGGUUUGAAAAUGAAAUCGGAAAAUGAUCUCAACAAUCUUUCGUUAUUCUUUUGCCGGAACAUUCAUUUUCUAGUUUCUUCGGUAACGCGUUAGCUAACUAAUUUAGCAACCUACCGCUACCGCUAGGUUAUUGACUGUCGCAAUAACAAUUUUCAGCAAGAUUAGCUAGAUACGGUGAGUAGGCAAGUUAAGCAAGACUAGUCGUCUUAAGUAGACAGCGAUACUUUUCUUUGCUCGGGAUUCAAGCCUUUCUGUCUGUUUUACCUGACACUGUGUGAAAAUGGCCUGCUAUUUCUUGAACAUGGACGAGGCAUCCCCUGCCUCUCUGACGGACCUGUGUCUGUCAUACGUCAGUGGGAACCUGGAGAGGUUCUGUGUGAAGCAUGCUGACGGAUCUCUCUGUCUCAGAGAUUCCCUGCUGUUCCCCCAAGAACUAGCUGACCAGCUGCUGGCUAAGAUGGCCUCUGAAGGUCUGCUGAAUGACAGUACAGUGGGGGUGUUCCGUAGCUGUGAGUACCUGCGCUUGCGCCGUGCCCGUAUCCGAACAGCUCGUAUCUCUGCCGAGGCGUUCCAGAGAGCUUUGUGUCCUCACCGCCUGCUGGAGUUAGAUGCUGCCAGGGUCAAUGCUGACCUUACCAUCUCUGACAUACUGCAGGGACUUGCUACCAACAAACACUGCCAGGAGAGCUUGCAGAGGCUGGUCCUUACAGGCCUUACCAUGUCCACUCUGGAAGAACCACUGCGUCACCGCUUGAGCUCUCUCCGCGGUCUCCGCUCUCUCUCCCUGGCCAACGUCGACUUCUACGACUCCGGCCUGGCUGAUGUAUGCUCCCUGCCCCGUCUGGAGAGCCUGGACUUGUCCAACACCUCAGUGACCAACCUGAACCCUCUACUGGGCCUCCGGGAGAGACUGAAGGCACUGACACUACACCAGCUGAAGAGGCUGGAGAUGAGCACCACACAGGUUCUGGCGGUCAUCGGACAACUGGAGGCUCUGCAGCACCUGGACAUUAGUGAUGAUAAACAGUUCACUUCAGACGUGGCUUGUCAGCUGCUGUGCCAGCCUGGGAUCCUGCCUGCUCUGAUCUCUCUGGAUGUGUCCGGACGCAAACAGGUGACCGAUGUAGCGGUCAAAGCGUUUGUAGAGGAGCGUCCGGGGAUGACCUUCGUUGGACUGCUUGCUACAGACGCUGGCUUUUCCGACUUCCUCAGUGGGGAGGGUAGCCUCAAGGUGACAGGAGAGGCCAAUGAAACUCAGAUUUGUGAGGCGCUACGUCGCUACAGUGAGCGGGAGGGCUUCGUCAGGGAGGCUCUGUUUCACCUCUUCAGUCUUACACACAUCAUGGAGAAACCUCGGCCUGACAUACUCAAGUUGGUUGUCCUGGGGAUGAAGAACCACCCUGCCACCCUUAACGUCCAGCUGGCAGCCAGUGCUUGUGUGUUUAACCUGACCAAGCAGGACUUGGCAGCGGGCAUGCCUGUAAGACUACUGGGCACCGUUACUCAACUGCUGCUGGAGGCCAUGAGGACCUUCCCUAACCACCAACAGUUGCAGAAGAACUGCCUGCUCUCUCUGUGCAGUGAUCGCAUCCUGCAGGAGGUCCCCUUCAACAGGUUCGAGGCAGCUAAGCUAGUGAUGCAGUGGCUUUGUAACCAUGAGGACCAAAACAUGCAGAGGAUGGCUGUGGCUAUCAUCUCUAUACUGGCUGCCAAGCUGUCAACAGAACAAACAGCCCAGCUGGGUGCGGAGCUGUUCAUUGUGAAGCAACUCCUUCACAUCGUGCAUCAGAAAGCGACUCAAGGCAUGGUGGACGCCACCCUUAAGUUCACACUGAGCGCGCUCUGGAACCUCACUGACGAAUCACCAACAACCUGCCGUCAUUUCAUAGAGAACCAGGGACUGGACCUGUUCAUUAAAGUACUGGAGUCAUUUCCCUCUGAGUCUUCCAUCCAGCAGAAGGUGUUGGGUCUGCUGAAUAACAUAGCGGAGGUGGGAGAGCUUCACGUGGAGCUGAUGGUGCAGGGCUUCCUGGAUCACAUCCGCUCUCUGCUUCACAGCCCUGAGGUGGAGGUGUCCUACUUUGCUGCUGGUAUACUGGCCCACCUGACCUCCAGAGGAGAGGCUGCUUGGACGCUAAGCAACACACUGAGGUCUGACCUGUUAGAACAACUGCACUCUGCCAUCCUGAAGUGGCCGACACCAGAAUGUGAGAUGGUGGCCUACAGGUCGUUUAACCCUUUCUUUCCCCUGCUGGAGUGUUUCCACACCCCGGGAGUUCAGCUGUGGGCAGCUUGGGCCAUGCAACAUGUCUGCAGCAAAAACGCCCCUCGAUACUGCAGCAUGUUGCUGGAGGAGGGAGGGCUGCAGCAGCUGGAGAAGGUCCAGACACACCCCGACACCCACGCCGAUGUUAUGCGAUUGGCCGAGAGCAUCCUGGAGAGCCUGCAGCGCCAUCAGGCUCGUAGUGGCCGGACCACGCUGUCACAGACGCACGUCAGCCGUCCACCGCAACCACACACACACAAAGAGAGCGAUGCGCCCUGAUCAGCCUCGGCUGCCGACAGGACUCCUGGGAAAGCGUUUGAGCGAGUGGGUGUGGCAAUAAAGGUGAAUGUCAGAAAUUCCUUUUUUGCA